UUAACUUUUGUUUGUCUUAUCUAAUUAUUUUUAUAAUAGUAGAAGCUGGAUAGUGGGGACUCUGGCAUGUUUUAUUCUCUACAGAGAACAUAACGCACUGUCAAACAUGAGUUAGCAGGCUAGCAUGUAACUUGUGAAACUCAUCAAAUCUUUUUUUCUUUUUCUUUUUUCUAAGUUGAAAAUGAAAAUAUUCAUUAAUUUUGUAAAAUAAAACAGCUAUUUUUUUUUUAUGAAAUCAAAGAGCAAUGGUGUUGGUUUCUGGAAAACCAGAGGUUUUGCACUUCCCAAAAAGCAAAGCCCAGUAGGAGUACCAGAGCUGGAUUUCGUUCCAAAUUACAAUAUGAGUCUGGAUUAUUUACAAUGAGGAUGAAGAUACCAAACAAGAAAACCAAUGGAGUUAUCACAACUUUCUACCUAAUUUCAGAUGAUCAAGCUCGAGGGGUCAAUCAUGAUGAGAUUGACUUUGAAUUUGUAGGCACUGAAGGAAAUUUGCAGACCAAUUUGUUUGCUAACGAUAUGGGUGGCAGAGAAGAAGUCUACCAGCUUCCCUUUGAUCCUUCUGAGGAUUAUCAUACUUAUCAAAUUCUUUACAGUCCCUACCGCAUAGUGUUUUUUGUGGACAACAUACCAGUAAGGUCAUUCGAGAACAACAAAAUGAAAGGUAUCAACUUCCCAACAAGACCAAUGUGGAUAGAAGCAAGCAUAUGGUAUUCACAAAGUGUUUGGGCUGGAGAUAUAAACUGGAACGAAGAACCAUUUAUAGCUUACUAUCAAGACUUCGAUAUUUCUGGCUGUCCUCACCAACUAGGCAGUAAUUGCAAGUCUCCAGUUCUGAAUCCAUGGAACAGGCACAAAUUAGACCCUAAUCAGUUGCAGCUUAUGAGGAAUUUCAGGCACCAACAUAUGAUUUAUAAUUAUUGUAGGCGUAAUGGAGCUAAGUUCCCAGAAUGUGCUCCUCAUAAUGCUUAGUUAAUUAAUUUCAAAAUUAACUAGCAUUACAAAUCGUUUUUUAGUGGAUCUAUACAUGAAAUUCGUGAACGGAAUGAAACAAUUUCUAUUUACAAGUUUAACUUCUCUGUACGCAUACACAUAUAGGAAAUAUCUUUCUUAUUUUCAGUUACACCAGUCCAUAGAGAUUCGGAUACCCCUGUUUGAGGUUGCACCUCAACUAAUUUUUUGUCACUUAAAAUUAUUAGAAAAAAUAGCUAAGCUUACAAAAAAAUUCACUAUCUUCAAGAAAAGUCUCCCCACAUUGUCAAUCUCAUAUCUCGUUGUAUGGUUUCAUCAAAGAAAACAAUGAACCC